AUGUUCGCCGCAAGAAGAGCAUUGACUGGAGCAGUCCAAACCAGAGCUUUCUCUGCUUCUGCUAGAGAUCUCUCCAAGGUUACCGUCCUCGGUGCUGCUGGAGGAAUUGGACAACCAUUGUCCCUUCUCCUCAAGUUGAACCCCCGCGUCACUGAUUUGGCUUUGUACGAUAUCCGUGGAGGUCCAGGUGUCGCAGCUGAUAUUUCCCACAUCAACACCAAGUCCAAGGUUACCGGAUAUGAGCCAACACCAUCUGGUCUCGCCUCUGCUCUCAAAGAUGCCGAAAUCGUCUUGAUCCCAGCUGGUGUUCCACGUAAACCUGGUAUGACUCGUGAUGAUCUCUUCAACACCAACGCAUCCAUUGUUCGCGAUCUCGCAAAGGCUGCUGCUGAGUCUGCACCAAACGCCAACAUCCUCGUUAUCUCCAACCCAGUUAACUCUACUGUCCCAAUUGUUGCCGAGAUCUUCAAGGCCAAGGGAGUUUACAACCCAAAGAGACUUUUCGGUGUUACCACUUUGGAUGUUGUUAGAGCUAGCAGAUUCGUUAGUGAGAUCAAGAAGUCCGACCCAGCCGAUGAAAACAUUGUCGUUGUUGGUGGACACUCUGGUGUUACCAUUGUUCCUCUUUUCUCUCAAUCUUCCCACCCAGAUCUCGUCGGUAACGAGAACCUUCUCAAGCGUGUUCAAUUCGGUGGUGAUGAAGUUGUUCAAGCUAAGGACGGUGCUGGAUCCGCUACCCUCUCCAUGGCUAUGGCUGGUGCCCGUAUGGCCGAAUCUUUGUUGAAGGCUUCCCAAGGAGAGACUGGUGUUGUUGAGCCAACUUUCGUUGACAGCCCAUUGUACAAGGAUCAAGGUGUUGAUUUCUUCGCCAGCAAGGUUGAGUUGGGACCAGAUGGUGUUCAAAAGAUCUUGGAAGUCGGAAAGGUUGACGCUGCUGAGGAGAAGUUGUUGGAGGCAUGCUUGGCCGAUUUGAAGAAGAACAUCGCAAAGGGUGUUGAAUUUGUCGCCAAGAACCCAGGAAACUAA